ACGCGUUCGCAUCUGGUUCAAAUAUUAACUAUUCACUUGUAUUCACUAUGCAUUCAAAGUAUUCUUUACAAGUAGCCUAUUCAUUUUUAAAAGUAACCAUUCCACUUUCCAUAGUAUAUCUUUAUUCUAGUGCACUAGCACACAAAUUACCAAUUUUAAGUGCAUUAUUAAACAUACAACCUACUAGGAAAUUCACAGUAUUUAAUUGGGCUAACUGCAGAUAUUACUUAACUAGGCUAACUAGUGACCAGGUUAACUUCUAAAUUGACAUUACAAAUUACAUAAUUAAAUAGUUCAUUAGAAGAUGUUCAUUUUUCGAAGGACAAAGAAUGCAAUGCAUAGUGAUGCUUUCAGUACAUUAAGCGCUAUAGCAACAUAAUAGACUGUAGUUCUUUCUAAGGUCUACAAUUUAAAACGGCUUUCCAUACAGUGCGUCUUCCACCCCGAGAAGAUGUUGAGUUUUUGUUCGCGUGGAAACACAUUUUAGAUAGAGCUCUGCUCCUGUGAAUGAAAGACCCUCCCUUGUUGCUGCGACGCCUGGUUCUUCAGACCGUCAUUACGAACGAUCCGCUUGAAUGGGACCUCGGACUAUUCAAAGCAACAUCGAUUGUGCAUACCUUUUUAAAGGCCACUGGAAUUGCUGAAGGCAAGAUCUGCUGCUGGUUCGUCUGUUCGUCCUCAAAGAAAACGGACGUGUAGCGGGUUUUUUGUUUUCCAGGGGAAGCUGUAACACAAUAGGGACGCUGGAGUUAUGAAGGCUCGACGGAUGACUGGCGCUGUCCGUUCAGCACCACCCUGCGCCCAAUGACACCAUAAUAAAACCCUCCCUGACGCCCUCAAACCCGAGUCGGGGGGGAUAUUGGGAUAUUGGAGGGUAAACGCGUUCGCAUCUUAGAAGUCAUUCAAGGGUUUUGGAAUUCUAUUGUUGGCAUUGACACUUUGAGGCGCACCUGGCACGAUCGUAAACACAUUUGAAUUUUCUGAACAUGGGUCCCAGCGCUAUGAUGACGGUCCACGGGUUGGAGAUAUGACUAGAGGGGUACGCGAUGGGCCAAGGGGACGACAAGGAUCGCAUCGUGAUCAACGUCGGAGGAAUCAAGCACCAGACCUACCGCAGCACCCUGCGCACCCUGCCCGGCACUCGACUCUCCUGGCUGGCGGAGCCCGACGCGCUUAAUAACUUCGAUUAUGAUGCGAACAUCGGGGAGUUUUUCUUCGACCGUCACCCCGGCGUUUUCUCCCACAUUCUUAACUAUUAUCGCACGGGCAAGCUGCAUUGCCCGGCGGACGUGUGCGGACCUUUGUAUGAGGAGGAGCUGGCGUUUUGGGGGAUCGACGAGACAGACGUGGAACCGUGUUGCUGGAUGACCUACCGGCAGCAUCGAGAGGCGGAGGAGGCUUUGGACAGCUUCGCCGGGGUUGCUCUGGAUCUCGGGCAUGAAGACCCGGAGCCUGAGGGGGUUGCUGAAGCGGCCGAGGGGGAUGAGGGCGUUGAGAUGACCCGGAGACUGGCGCAAGGCGACUCGCCCGAUAACAGGUCCGGGCGCUGGAGCAGGUGGCAGAAAAAGACGUGGGCGCUCUUUGAGGACCCGUAUUCCUCAAAAUACGCACGGUGGGUAGCAUUUGCAUCUUUGUUCUUUAUUUUGGUGUCCAUUACCACAUUCUGUUUGGAGACUCAUGAGGCCUUCAAUCCCAUCAUCAACCACACAGAGACUUACAUGGUGGGCAAUGAAACGAUGGAGCGUGUCUUUCCUGUGACGGAGACUAUGGUGCAGUUAACCUACGUUGAGGGUGUCUGUGUUGUGUGGUUCACUUUUGAGUUUCUAAUCAGAGUGACUACCUGUCCAAACAAAUUAAAAUUUGUCAGAAAUGCCCUCAACAUCAUCGAUUUUGUGGCCAUCCUCCCCUUCUACCUGGAGGUAGGGCUGAGCGGACUCCCCUUCAAAGCAGCAAAAGAUGUGCUGGGUUUCCUCCGUGUGGUACGAUUCGUUCGAAUUCUCCGUAUAUUCAAGCUGACGCGACACUUUGUGGGUUUGCGAGUACUAGGGCACACACUCCGUGCCAGUACCAAUGAAUUUAUCCUCCUCAUUAUUUUCCUUGCACUCGGAGUCUUAAUCUUUGCCACUAUGAUCUACUAUGCUGAACGUUUUGGAAGAAACCUCAAUGAUCCUAAUGCCAGUAAUGGCACACACUUCAAGAACAUCCCGAUUGGCUUCUGGUGGGCUGUGGUAACAAUGACAACUCUUGGCUAUGGCGAUAUGUACCCUCAGACGACAUCCGGCAUGCUGGUGGGUGCACUGUGUGCCCUGGCAGGUGUGCUGACGAUUGCCAUGCCUGUACCUGUAAUUGUGAACAACUUCGGCAUGUACUACUCCCUAGCCAUGGCGAAACAAAAACUACCAAAGAAAAAAAAUAAACAUAUCCCACGAGCACCUCAACUGGGGUCUCCCAACUACUGCAAGUCAGCGAUUAACUCCCCACGACCCAGCACACAUAGUGACACAUGCCCCCUGGCGCAGGAAGAGGUCUCUGAGAUCAGAUACCAAGAUUUUAAAGUGAACGGGGAGCCGUCCAAAGCUGCCCUGGCCAAUGAGGACUGUCCUCACAUCGACCAGGCAGUGUCGCCCGAGGAAGUCUUCAGCCCCGUGGACCGUGAGAGACCCUGCUUCCUGCUCACCUCCGGAGGAGAACGAGCCAGUCACACAGGGGGGAGAGUCAGGAAGGAGACCCAGCGCGCCAACCGAAGCAGACAACCAACCGAGUCAGUGUGUGUAAUGAACCAUGGUGUACCAACCACUAUGUGUGUCAACCAUAAAGCCACAUCCCCCACCUGAUAGUACCGUAUUUAGCACGUUUGUAAGUGUGUGCUGUUGUAGAUUAGCACUUCUCUUCCGAGUUGUGCCUAAGGAUUAAUUCAGCGUAGAUGUAGCACAGUUACCAAGAGAAGCUGUAGCUGUUCAGCCGUAUGUAGCGUUGUUUUGUACGUGGUUUAUUGUGCUGUGCGAAGUGCCUGUUGUUUUUCCGUUCGUGAGUGUCAGUGUUGUACAUGGUACUUGUGUGUGCUAGUGUUGUGAAAACAUGACCUUUCUUUUAUCUCAUUGAAGUGUUUGUUUUAGGUUGUUUAAAUGUUGUAAAAAUGUUACUCCAGUCACUAAUCACAUUUCAAAAAAAACAAAUCACCAAACUUUGUGAUCAUGUUUGAGUAAGGAGAAAAAAAAAUUAGCAACUGUUUUCCCGCAUUUUGUACUAUUGUAGUUACCAUGUAGAAAAAUGCCUUUUGCACUGUUUGCACCCUUCACUUUUACAUUCCUUUCUGCAGAACAAAUGAAAAUUUGAUAUAUUUUGUAGCUGAUUGGCUGGUAACUUUAGAGAUGCACCGCGUACUAAUCAGAUGCGACUAAUCAGGCUCCGCCCUCAAUGAAAUCUUACUGAUUCAAAAUUGUAUUUGUCUUAAAUAUUUAUAUUUGACAUUUAAUAUAUGGCGAUUGUGUUCUGAAUGGUUGUGAAAAUAUGUAGUUGCUGAAAAUUUGAUUAAAUACGGUUAUUUUUUGACAGAUGAAAUGUUAAAUUUAUUUUGUUGACUUUUGAAAAUCAAAUUCUUUUUUUUUUUAAACUAGGAAAGAAGUGAUUUUGAUGCACAAAGUUAUUUAAACCCAUGAAAAUGAGGAUCCUGUUGUAAAUCACUUUGUAAACCUGCCUUAUCGAUUGUGUUCUGAUUGGCUGUAUUUUAGCAUAAAAAGAUGUUACCGCUGAAAAUUUUAUGUGUCGUGCCUGGUUGGAACGCGGUGUUGGAUUUGAAGGUAAACUUAAGCUUGUUAGCACAUUAUUGGGACCAAACUCAGAAUAUUUGAAUGAAUUGAAUUGAACCAUCAUUGAGUUUGAUGAGGAAAAUGUUUGAUAAAUGCUUAGUUUACUUUUGAAACUUGGAGGUUUUCGUAGACACCAUCACGAGAGACAAUCCUGCACAGAACAAAAACACAACUCUUUAUAGAGAACAUACAGGGUUUAUAAUUGUAUAAACGAAAGGAUCCGAUGCCGAGUCUCUAGUUUGUUUCGACAUUUAUUUUUCAUUGUUGUGAAAAUGUGAAGUAAACCCAAUUCUUUGGGACCAAACUAGUGCACUGCCAGUUGUAUCACGGGAAAUGUCGACAUUGGUCGUUUCUUUACAAUAUGCUGGACUGUUCAAAGACCCUACCACAGCAGAGCACAAACAACCGUAUAUAAUAAAACCUCCAAAGGUUCACAAUCUUUAGGACUGCACAGUUUUUGGACAGAGUAAACAUCGAACUUCCUGGCAAAAGGCGGCAUCCCAAACGUUUGUGCCGUUUUAUGAGACGUUCCUUGUGUUUUUCAGCACAUUGCAGUGGAUAGUAUGGAUAGUUAUCUGAAACCAGGUGUUUUCAUUAAUGGUUUGAGUUGACAUAUUGUUAAGGCAAUUUUGUGUCUUUUUCUGAUGAGGGAAUUAAAAAAAAAAUCAAUCAAUAAAAAAAUUACAAUAAAAAGCACUAAAA